GAGGCCGUGGAGGCGGUGGAGGCCACCGUGGCGACGGCGAUAGAGGCGGUGGCAGGGGACGUGGCCGCGGUGGAGCUGACCGUGGCGGAGCUGACCGUGGAGGUGGUCCUAGCCGGGGCGGUGGAGACAAUGCUCGCGGAGGAGGCAGAGGAAGGGGCCGAGGUGGAGAUCGUGGAGGUAGAGGAAGGGGCGACCAUGCCGGCCGAGGUGGAGAUCGUGGAGGCAGAGGGAGAGGUGACUAUGCCGGCAGAGGCGGAGAUCGUGGCGGUAGGGGAGGCGACCGUGGACGAGGUGGUCAUGGAGGACGUGGCGGUGGCGGCCCUCGCGGCCCACCUGAAAUCUACGCAAGGUAUUGAUGUCCUGAACGGAUCCGUUGACGCCACCAUCCGAAAGCUCGAGGACGAUGUUCUGCAGAGGCUCCACGGAUCCUCGGCUGUCGACGACCUCUCCAAGAAGGCCGGGAAGCUGAGCAUAGCUUCCAAGGGCUCGUCCUCUGCACUCGCAUCCUUUGAUGAAUAUUUCCCUGUGCGCCCGUCUUUUGGGACUAAUGGCACCCCCGUCGUGCUCUGGGCCAAUUACUUUGCCAUCAAGGUCAAGGCACCCUCUCUGUGGUCCUACACAGUUAACAUCGAAGAGAUGGCCAAGGACGACGGCAAGAAGAAGGCUGCAGGCCAAGUCAAGGGUCGCAAGCUUCGGCUGGUCAUGGAAAAGGUCCUGGUCCACUAUAGCGGCAAGACGGUCGUCGCCACCGAGUUCAAGAGCCAGCUGGUCUCCCUGGACAGGCUACCUCUCGACGUGAAUCCCAUCGAGAUCAGCGUGCCAUUCGAAUCUGACCCGGACAUGUCUGACUCCUUCUCGGUCACCAUCAAUGGCCCGUUUGAGGCCAACCUCGAUGAGCUCGGUACCUACCUCCAGACCCAGGACCUCAGGGCCGACGACCACGUAUUCCCGCGCUUCCAGGAGUCCGUCACCGCUCUCAACAUCGUCAUGGGCUUCACCCCGCGGUCAAAGAGCGACCAGAUUGCGACGGUGGGCGGGUCGCGAUUCUUCCCGUUCGGACCCCAGUUUGACAAGGAGAGAGCUAUCCGAGACCUGCACCAGCGGUUCGGCCCGCGACCUCUCGAGGCCCUCCGUGGCUUCUUCCAGUCUGUCCGACCGGCCACGGGCCAGCUGCUCCUCAACACAAAUGUGACCUGCGGCACUUUCAGAAAUUCUGGAAAUGCCGUCGCCAUCUUCCAAAAGCUCGGUAUCACCGGCGUCCCUAGGCCAAAGACGGACGACCGGCUGCGGCGUCACCUUCGAAAUGUCGCCAAGAUGCUCAGCAAGUCGCGCGUCUGGGUCGACGUGAAGCUGUCAACCGGUCAAAUGGUUAGGCGGAGCAAGGCCAUACACAGCCUGGCUACCUCCUUUGAUAUCCCCAGGGGCGGGGACCCUCAGAAGCCCAAGAUCGACGCGGGCUUCGAGUUUGCCGCCCCUCGCAACAUCAAGUUUUUCCUCAAGGAGGGAAACGGUGGCCGGUACAUUACCGUCGAGGAGCAUUACAAGCAGAAGUACGGCAUGGAGCUUGGCGACUACCCCGUAUUCAACCUAGGUAACUCGAAGAACCCGACCUACUUCCCCGCAGAGCUUGUCGAGAUCCAGCCCGGCCAAGGAGUCAAGACCAAGCUCAAGCAGGACGAGACGACACAGAUGCUCGACCACGCCUGCAACCCUCCCAGCUUCAACGCCGACUUGAUCGAGAAGAACAGCCGGAGGACUCUGGGACUCGACAGCCCGUUCCUCAACGACUUUGGCAUCUCGGUGGACCGCAAGUUUCUGGCCGUCGAUGGGCGGAAGCUCCCGGCACCGACGGUGUAUUACAAGCGGAAGGAGAAGCCCAGCUCGGUCCCUGUCGACAAGGGGAGCUGGAACUUCAAGGCGUGCACGGUGACGCGAGGAGCCGACAUCAAGUCGUGGUCGGUGGUGCAGAUCAAGCUGUCGGGCAACGCACGCCUGCAGUCCGAGCAGUUCCUGGACGAAUUCUCCGACUUCAUGCGCAUGUCCGGUCUCACGGUGCCCCGGCGCACGGCCUGCCCGCGCCCCGUCCUCCAGCAGUGGGAGGCUAACGGCCCCGAGAUGGACGAGGUGUUCCGGUGGGCCAAGAGCAAGGACAUCAAGUUCCUCGUCUUCAUCCUGUCAUCCAGGGCCGACAGCAGCCUGUACGGCCGGAUCAAGACGCUGGGCGACUGCCUGCACGGCGUCCACACCAGCUGCAUGGUGUCGGACAAGAUGACCAAGGGCGGCAUGUCGUACGCGGCCAACAUCGUGCUCAAGAUGAACCUCAAGGCCGGCGGCGCCAACCACGCGCUGCCCAACGACCUCAAGCUCCUCCGGGCCGGCAAGACCAUGGUCGUCGGCUACGACGUCACCCACCCGACCAACAUGGCGCCGCCCAAGGCCGGCAAGGACGAGCCCCCCAGCUUGGUAGGCAUGGUGUCCAGCAUCGACACCGACCUCGCACAGUGGCCGUCGACGGCCUGGGAGCAGAGCUCGCGCCAGGAGAUGCUGGGCGACGGGCUCGUCGACGCCUUCAGGCGCCACCUGGGCCUGUGGCAGAAGAGCAACGGCGGCAGCCUGCCCGCCAACAUCGUCAUCUACCGCGACGGAGUGUCCGAGAGCCAGUUCUCCCAGGUCGUCGAGCAGGAGAUACCCCGCAUCCGCAAGGCCUGCAGGGACAUGUACCACCACCACGCCGCGGCUGCCGCGCGCGGAGGCGGCAAGAAGGGAGGGGGCAAGCCGCCCAAGCAGCAGCAGAAUGCCCCCUCUGCCAUCCUGCCCCGCAUUACGCUUGCCAUCUCGGUCAAGAGACAUCAGACCCGCUUCUUCCCCGCCCAGGACGGCUGCGCCGAAGGCAGCACGGGCAACGUGCAGGCCGGCACCAUCGUCGACCGCGGCGUCACCCAGGCCCGGUACUGGGACUUCUUCCUCACCGCGCACCACGCCCUCAAGGGCACUGCCCGACCCGCGAGAUACACCGUCCUGGUCGACGAGAUCUUCCGCGCCGACUACGGCAUCGCGGCCGCGGCCAACGAGCUCGAGGCCCUCACCCACCAGAUGUGCUACCUCUAUGGCCGGGCCACCAAGGCCGUCAGCAUCUGCCCGCCCGCCUACUACGCCGACAUCGUCUGCGAGAGGGCCCGCGCGCACAGGCCCGACAUGUUUGACGACAGUGACGAUGCCAUGACGCUCGAGACCGGCAGUGUAUCGGGGGCCACCACGGGGGGAGCAGUAUCCGGGCCAUCUGUGCAUGCCGACCUGGCUGACAGCAUGUACUAUAUCUGA